GCGAGGGGCGGGGCCUGCGCUCUGAUUGGUCCAGAGCGCGGAGGAGGCGGGAGCAGCUCGGGGAAAGCGGCGCGCUGAUUGGCUGAGGGCGGGAGCGUCUGGCGCGGUUAAGAAGACGCCGGUUUGAGAAGUUUUAAACUGAACCGAAGCUCCGCAACGAAAAACCACAAAGUCCAGGAAAAACACCGGGAAAAACACCGGGAAAAACACCGGGAAUAACACCGGGAACAAGCCCCACGCGGCCGCGCACGGACGCGCCGGAGCAUGGUCCAGCACAUGGAGCUCGGGGUCGUGAAGCCCGAGGCGGAGCGCGGAGCUUUGCCGGGGCAGAGGUCGUGCCGCGCGGCCGCGGGACACAUCAAGAGACCGAUGAACGCGUUUAUGGUCUGGUCCAAGAUCGAGCGGCGGAAGAUCACGGCGCGGGCCCCGGACCUGCACAACGCGGAGAUCUCCAAACAGCUGGGCCGCCGCUGGAAGUCCCUCCCCGAGGCCGACAAGGUCCCGUUCAUCCGGGAGGCGGAGCGGCUCCGGCUCCAGCACAUGGCGGACUACCCGGACUACAAGUACCGGCCCAAGAAGAAGGCCCGGACCGACGGCUGCCCCGCGGCCAGAGCCCCCGCCCCCACCGCAGCCCCCGCCCCCCGGGGCCCCCGCACAAACCCGCCCCCCCGACCUCCGGGACCCCCGGUCCACAAGAAACCCCGCACCGGGAGAACCGCGGGCCCCGGCGGGAGGAGCGGCUCCCACAGGCCGCAGCACAGACUCCCGCACCCGGGGCUGGACGAGCAGAGACACCGCUACCCCGAGCACCGAGUCCCCGAGCACCGAGUCCCCGAGCACCGAGUCCCCGAGCACCGAGUCCCCGAGCACCGGUUCUUCGAGGCUUCGGACUCUGACGAUGACGACUCUGAGGAGGAGGAGGAGGAGGAGGAGGGGGGGCGGGGAUACGUCUCCGUGACGACCGAGCGGCGCCGUUACAUCAUCCACAAAACGCUGACGAGACACAACUCGACCUCCGACCCCGAAGAGCCAGACCUGGAUGACACUCGCUCCGAGGACCUGAGUGAGGACUUCCCUCUUAGCCCCGCCCUCUCCGACCCCUGGACCUCGCCCGGCCCCGCCCUCUGCCCGCCCUCAAACCCGCUCCUGACCCUGGACCAGGACCUGGACCUGGACCUGGACUUGGACUGGUGCAGCGAGGUCUCGGUCCGGUCCCACUUCGAGUUCCCAGACUACAGGACCCACAGGGACUGGCUCCAGGCCCACCUCACGGACCUGGUCUUCAGCUACUGAACCGGGACCCGAACCAGGACCGGCUCUGGACCAGGACCGGCUCUGGACCAGGACCUGAGAGGGACUUCACGUGGAUCGUUCUUGGACUGUUUGGACUAAAAACGUUGAUAUUUCAGACGGAUAUUUGGCCUCGUUGGCGUUUGGACUUUGGGAAACGGCGAUGGACAGUUUGAAAAUAAAAAAAUAAAAAUAUCGGUCGGGUUUAUCGGUUUCUCUGGAUUCUAAAUAAUCGGCUCUGCAGCUAAAACCCACCAAGUCCGGACUUUGGAACACUAAUACCUCUAAUGAACUGCCUCAGCAUAUAGACCUGGUUUAGUCCUGGUUUAGUCCCAGGCCGUCGGUUUAGAUCUGGUCCUUGGAUUUUGUUUUUUUCGUUCGUGUCGCUUGAAGGCUUCACCUUUGACCCCGACCCCUCCCCCCUCAAACUGUGACCCCCGACCCCAAACAAAGACUCAGGCGACACAGAACCACCUCCAAAAACCAGGACUAAACCAGGUCUAAACCAGGACUCAGCUCUGGACCCGUCCAAGGCUCAGAUUUUUAGCAGAGUCAUGUUUUUGUGAAGGCACUUGACUCGGACCUUCUGGACUCGGGGCCUUUGGACUCUGGACUCGGGGCCUUUGGACUCUGGACUCUGUAUCGACGGUGCUCAAAUGUUGGUUUUGUUUUGGGCCGUUCUGGAUUUUGUUCUUGUUUUUUUGUGCAAUACGUUUGUGAAAUAAACGCUGAGACUCAAAAUGUUUCUGUUUAAACAUUUGUGAACAAAAACACC